AAGUACUUCAAGGCACCUUACUGACUUGAUUCAGAAAGAUGUCACUAGUGCAGUGCUUUAUAACCAGGGGUGUCUACAGGGACAAUAACAGGGAUGAAGAGCUGAGUUUUUUUCAGUAUUUACCAACACCUAACCUAGGAAGUUAAUACAUGUAGUAAGACCAAAUAAGCCUGGUUUCCUUGCUCUUGCUAGGAUGUAAUUUAAAUGCUUUAUGGUCACUUUGAGAAUUUGAGAAUCUUAAGCAGAAGUUCUGACAUAAUUUUUAAUAAUUAAAAAUGGGAACAUAAAUAAAUGCAAUUUUUAUUUUUGGCAGAUAGUCUAUCAAAUCAUGAGGCUUAUGGUAGAAACGUGAUAAAAGGGACUUGUGCUGGUAAAAUUUGGAGGCAUUCUUGUCCAUUUUGUAGAUGUAUAAACUGAAACCCAGGGAGGUGAGAUGACUUUCCCAGGGUCACACAGCAAGAUAGUGGUAGAAUGGAGAAUGGAACUCUGGUUUCCUGAUUCUGGACUAUUUUAAAAUAUGUUGCACAUAAAAUAUUUCAGACACACACACAAAACUAUAAAAAAUUAUACAAUGAUCAAACAUGUCCCUACAACCAGCCUAAGAAAGAAAACAUUGCCAGUACAGUUGAAGCCCUCCUGGGCACCUCUCUUUGAUCACAUGCCCUUCCUCUUCUGCUCCCCUCUCCACCCCAUUCCCACCACCGCCAGGGUGUAAGCACUAUCCUGAAGUCAGUGUUUAAUCCCAUGUGUCUCUUUCUGCAGUAUAUGCUUUUUAGUGCCUUCUUGACCUACGUCUGCUCCCCCAUCUCUCACCCAGUAUUGCUCCCCGUCAGUCUAAAGCCAGCCUAACAAUGAGAGAAGUAUUUAUAGUGGGAAGAGGGAAAACCCAUAGAAAAGUCCUCCCUAGUCUCACAGAUUAGUCCCAAGUGAGGGUCUGCUCUCCCAUUUUACCCCUUUUCCAUCUGUAAUCACACAGCUCCCUUGAGCUGGGAAUAAUGGACUGGCCAUCUGAGCCACAUGUUGGUUUGGGGCCUGAAGGAAUAUAUUUUUUCUCGUUUCUAAAAUACCAAUUUCUUGUCAUGGGAGCUCCACAUCUCAAAUAGGAGUAUCAGCAAAGCUUUGGGAACCCAGACAGGCCAAGCCCACUGAAGGAGGAAGCAGCCCGAGAGGGAAAUCAAUUGCCGAUGGAUAAAUAAAUAGCCUGGCCUCAGGGACCAAAGUUCUUAUUGACACAGCCUCCCAGUGUUUACCUGGGAAGUGGGGGAGAGAGCCACCUACUGCUUACCCCCGUACACACGCCACCUUUCCUCGGAGCACUGUGCUUGGCAGGGCACCAGAUCAGAGCACCCUCCCAAGUUUAGGGCAGUGCCAGAGGUGGUAACUUUUGUGGUUAUUGCAAACCUUGAGCUUCAGCUGUGUCUCAAGAGGUCACCACAGUCUAAGCUGGGCUCUCCUACCCUCCUUAUCCUAGGGCUCCUCCUCCUUGCUCUACUUUGGGAACCCCUGUUGAUAAUAAUGCAUGCAAUGGGAAGGCUGGGACAAGAGAACAAGAAUUUAGCCCCACCCCUGCCUCUAACUUCUGUAUAUCAUUGACAUCUCAGCAGUUUCCUUUUCUGUGAGAGCAGACUUGGAGCCAUAAGGUUCCUCUGUAGCUCUGAGUCUACAGCCUUCAGGUGUGCUUCCCUUCCUGUCUUUUUCAUUUUAUUUGCAUUAUUGUUUGCAUGUGGUUCCACAUUAUGUGUUAGUUUGUACUUUUACCCCUUAGGCCUGAAAUAACUUUCCUCCAGUUGUCACUUGGUAUAGUAGAAGAGCACUGGACUGUGGGAGUCAGGACACCUGGACUCUGGUUCUACCACUGUCUGGUUAUAUAACCCUGGGCGAGUCACUUAACUUCUCCACAUCUGUUUGUUCCUCUGCACAGUGGGGUUGAUAUUUGUCUCGUCCAGCUUUUAUGGGGUUGUUAGGAUCAAAUGAGACUGUGUAUGUGAAAUUACUGCGGAAGAGGCCAGAGUAUAUUUUCGUAGGCUUUUAGGACAGGCAGACCAAUCCUUGAAUACCGCCUCUGCCAUUUACUGACAGUUUACCUCUUUGAGCCUGUUUCUCCAUUUAUAAAAUAGGACCAAACCCUACCUCAGGUGUGUGAGGAUAAACGACACCAGGUACUUAAAGCACUGAGCAUAGUGUCCGGCACGUUGUUAAGCAUCCAGUGGAUGACAGUAUAGGUCUCUGUUCUUCACUUCCUUGUUGGCCAGCUGGAGUGAGGUCCAGGAACAAACCCAGGCUGGAAUAAGAGGCUGUAUUUUUCUCCCUCAGGAGUGAACCAACAUUUUCCAAGUAUUUACUUGCUAAAUGCUUCCCCAUAUAAGAUUUCUAUCAAUCUUCUCAACAAUUGGGUAAGGUGGAUGUCAUUAUUGCUAGUUAUAGAUAAUGAACGAAAGCUCAAGAAAGUUAAGUGACUGGACCCAGUCACACAGCCAGUAAGUAGUAGAGCCUGGACAAGAACCCAAGCCUUCUGAAUCCAAAUUCUGCAUUUUUUCCAUCAGCUCGUAAAUAUGUAAACAAAAACUAAAGGAAAUUGUGGAAACUAACCUUUUCCUAUGUUUUUUCAAGUUAACGUUGGUGAGGACUGUCCGGUAUUUGAUGGCCUCUUUGAGUUCUGUCAGCUAUCUACUGGUGGCUCUGUGGCAAGUGCCGUGAAACUUAAUAAGCAGCAGACGGACAUCGCUGUGAAUUGGGCUGGGGGCCUACACCAUGCAAAGAAGUCCGAGGCAUCUGGCUUCUGUUACGUCAAUGAUAUCGUCUUGGCCAUCCUGGAACUGCUAAAGUAUCACCAGAGGGUGCUGUAUAUUGACAUUGAUAUUCACCACGGCGAUGGCGUGGAAGAGGCCUUCUAUACCACAGACCGAGUCAUGACUGUGUCCUUUCAUAAAUAUGGAGAGUACUUCCCAGGAACUGGGGACCUACGGGAUAUUGGGGCUGGCAAAGGCAAGUAUUAUGCUGUUAACUACCCGCUCCGAGAUGGGAUUGAUGACGAGUCCUAUGAAGCCAUUUUCAAGCCGGUCAUGUCCAAAGUAAUGGAGAUGUUCCAGCCCAGUGCAGUCGUCUUACAGUGUGGCUCUGACUCCUUGUCUGGUGAUCGGUUAGGUUGCUUCAAUUUGACCAUCAAAGGGCACGCCAAGUGUGUGGAAUUUGUGAAGAGCUUCAACCUGCCUAUGCUGAUGCUGGGAGGAGGUGGCUACACCAUUCGUAAUGUCGCCCGGUGCUGGACAUACGAAACAGCUGUGGCCCUGGACACAGAGAUCCCUAAUGAGCUUCCAUACAAUGACUACUUCGAAUACUUUGGACCAGAUUUCAAACUUCAUAUCAGUCCUUCCAAUAUGACUAACCAGAACACUAAUGAGUACCUGGAAAAGAUCAAACAGCGACUGUUUGAGAACCUGAGAAUGCUGCCCCACGCGCCUGGGGUCCAAAUGCAGGCCAUUCCUGAGGAUGCCAUUCCAGAGGAGAGUGGCGAUGAGGAUGAAGAAGACCCUGACAAGCGCAUUUCAAUCUGUUCCUCGGACAAACGAAUUGCCUGUGAGGAAGAGUUCUCCGACUCUGACGAGGAGGGAGAAGGCGGUCGCAAGAACUCUUCCAACUUCAAAAAAGCCAAGAGAGUCAAAACAGAAGAUGAGAAAGAGAAAGACCCAGAAGAGAAGAAAGAAGUCACAGAAGAGGAGAAAACCAAGGAGGAGAAGCAAGAAGCCAAAGGGGUCAAGGAGGAGGUCAAGUUGGCCUGAACAGACCUCUUCAGUUCUGGCUUCUUGCCAAGUUCCCCACCUUUAUCCCACAACCUCUCAGAUUUUAUAUUUUCUAUUUCUCUGUGUAUUUAUAUAAAAAUAUAUUAAAUAUAAAUAUCCCCAGGGACUAGACAGGAACCACGGCCCUGAGCUCAGGGCACACGUGUUAGGUGAGCUUUUCUAGUAGCUGCCUUGCCACCCAUCCCUCCCGAACUCUUAAUUUUGAACCAUAACGGAUGCCAGGUCUGGGUGGAAGGGAUACACUUAAAGCAGCCAUAGGACAAAAUCUUGAAGUGCCUGCUUUGAAAAGGUGCCCUUAUUGAGCAUUUUAGAAGGGGUGGCUGGGUCUUCAGGGACUCCCUGUUGUUCUCAGGCUCUUGUCAUCAGCCAUUUUUAGAUUGAUUCUGUUCUCAUACCUUCCCACUGGCCCCCAGUGAGCCAAGAAACUCACACCGCCUGCCCUCUCUGUCCUCCCCCAAUUCUGCAGAUGGAGACGGGUAGUCUAGUUUCCUUUUUGAGAUACUAUUUUCAUUUUUGUGAGAAUCUUUGUAAUAAAAUGGUACAUUUCUACACCCUCCUGA